AUCAACACAUUUUCGGUCAUUUUCUCUUCCGUUGUGUCGCGUCGCUGGCGUUGUCGCCUCCGUCCGCAUCGAAGAUCGCCCGUAACUUUCAGCGUUUUGCCCAGCUCCGGUUGGCAUGCCAGCGCUCGUGGAACGACCCAAGAUGAGCCUGGCCAUGUGGGCCGCGCUCAAGAACCAUAUCAUGCGGCAGCGCGAGAAGAAAAAGCAGGAGCAAGAAGCAGACGCGGCCACGGAGCGCGUCCGACGCGAGCAGGAGCAGAAACGACGACAGGACGCGAUGACGCUGGAAGAGAUCAAGGACCAAGUCCAGCAGUCGGAACAGCGACUCCAUAACCUCAAGGAGGAGAAGCACCAGCUCUUCAUGCAGCUCAAAAAGGUGUUGCACGAGGACGACACCCGGCGACGGGCCCUCAUGAAAGAAGCCAACGAAAUGGCCGCCCUAAACCACCAGCAGUACCUCCAACAAACCGCCGCCCUGUCACACGCCGCCGCAGCUGCCGCGGCGGCGUCGGCGCCCCAACACAUCUACAUCCAGGAAAUGAACCGGGGCCACCCUAUGUACAAACUGGCCCAGCCUAUGCCCCAGUCUGCCGCCGUGCUUCAACGCGCGCAACUGAAGCGCCCGCUGAGCCCGUCUCCGCCGCCGCCUCAGCAACAGCAGCAGCAGCCCCCGCCGCCGAGCUUCCCGCAGCAGUACGCCUACAAGGCGCAAAUGCCAUCCUACGGCGGCCCCAAGUUGAUCCCGGCGUACGCGGCCGCGGGUCAUGGCCCCAUCUACUACGCGCACGUCCCUGGACAGAGCAGUGUGCCAACAAUGGCGCCCGCGGCCCCCGUGCCGUACCCUGCUUACCCGACGGCCCAGUUCCCACACCACCACCCCGACGCGGCGGCGGCGGCUGCGGCGGCGGCCGCCGCUGUCGUGAAACAGCAACAGCAGCACAUUGUGGCGACGCACAGCUUUCACAUGACCCCGCAGGGUGCGUACCCGGGGCCCGUGGUCGCUCAGCAGCUCGAGCACGGACUCCAGAAACCGAGGUUCCACGAGGAAAAGUUCUAUGUGUCCCAGCCGUCCAUGAUCCCCAUGCGGACAAUGACGUCGUCUGCUCAGUCUGCCAUGGCGAUGGCGGCUCAGCAGCAGCAACAGCAGCAACAACAACAGUCGAAGGCUGCCUACCUGACGCCUCAGCAGCAGUUAGCUCAAAGACACCCCGGUUACCCCGGGCAGCCGACGAGAUUUUACUAGUGUCGGAUCAAGCCUCGGCCUCUAGUGGCUUCUAAUCUGAUUCUACCGGUGCUAGGUUGCGUCGCUUUUUGGCAGUGUUUAGAAAAGCACGUUAUGUGGGAGGAAACUGAAUUGUUUGGGCCAGAUGUGCCUGCGGCAUAACUACGGUUCCUGGAAGGCGUCUUCGGCUGGUGUUUUCAGCGCCCUAUUCCGUACAUACAUUGAAGGUGGUCCGAAGCAGCAACAAAUGACGUCACUGAAGCCGGCGUAUCAUGCCAUUGGUUAUCCCAAUCCUGGCAGUUGGUCGUAGAAGUCCCAGUAAAAAAAUGUCGCUGUCAUCACGGCGCCCCAACUCUUGGCUGCUGAAGCUUUCGUGGACUGUCCAGCCGGAGAGCGACCCGCAGCAGAGCAGGCACCUGCCACGACUGCAUUGACGGCACCGCGAUCAGAGCCAUCGACAAUGUGACGCUUCUUUCGACGUCAUCGGGUGGAAAUCGAGGGAUCACUUUUUGUGGCACGGUACACGUGCCAGACGGAGACGCGUUACAGGCACCAUAGCUUAGUGUGGCGGUUGUUAAGACUGAAGCUUGGGCUUGUUGGUGAAACAUGCUUUCAAACAGCUAGAACGGCGCACACGAAAGAUGACCGCGCCAGUGCUGUCUGUGCAUUCCUUUCUUUCGUGGUCACCUUUUAUACGUGCCGUUCUCACCGCUUGACCAUGCGACGGCCCAAACUUCGAGCAUGUUGUUUGUGGGCGAGAAAGUAUGUUGCCUAUUUUGCUAGAAGGCUGCGCUUCCUCCAGUCGAGAGGGGAUGACUUUACACUGGCCGGUCGGCACAAAGCAGGGAUUCGCGCAUUUUGAACUUUUCUUUCUGAUUAAACUAAGGAAUGGCGUAGUGUUUCCCCAAAAUGGCUGCCCUUUGGGAAGUUGUCCGGAGUUGAUGCCUAUCUCGAGAGAUCGGUGACUGCCGCUGUCGCUUUCUGUUACGAAUGUUACUUCUCGGUCGUACCUAAAAGCUACUACUUAUUACGUUCGCUCACGGCUUUAAGCGUACAAAACAUUGAAUAACCUUGUAGCUCUUAUUAGAAUUGGCAUCCGUCUGGAGAGCUGUAACUAAAGGCUUCCUUGUUAGGCGCAGCUGCUAAAGCACUCGCAUUUAUCAAACUUGGAGCUACGGACCGUUGCUUUUUGUCGCUGCAGCUGUCAAUGGGUGACUGGCACGUUGUCUGAAGACAGCAGUCACCUGUUGCACUGUAGUAUUUUUCCGCACAAUUUUUCCGGUCCCUUUAUGCGCGCCGCAAACACGUUAUUUUUGUAACAUUCAUUUUUUCUUGUUGCACGUGAAAGAUCUAUGGCAUGUUUAGGAGAAACUUGGUGCCAGGAAGUUACGGUUUGGGAUUCCGUGAGCCUUCUAGACCCGUCGGCAAGCCUAUCUGACGGAGCCUACUUACUGUUGGCGGCCAAGCCCCUCUGCCUCCCUCGCCGCAAUUCCUUUAUUUUUUCUUUGGCUCAAGAAAAGGGAGGUUGUGGUGAUGUAGGGACAUUUACGGUAAACAAAGGCUCAAUCUUUCGACAUCUGUGAUUUCAUCUAUUCUUCGGUUGUGCUUUCCCCUGCGUUGUCUCUUUAGGGGAGCUUGUUUUACGUUUGUGGGAUCUGUUUCCUGCCAUGUGUACUCUGCUGCUCUUUAUUUUUGUACAAAUAAAGACGUUAUCCGGCGAA